AUGAAGGAUGCCAACCAAGUUCGGGAAGUCCAGUUUGAACCUCAUUUCCAAAGGAAAAAGAGAUUGGAAGGUCCAGCUACAACCCUGUCAAGUGACUUCACUAACCUGAAUAAGAUUAAUGAAGAUUACAUCCUGCUUGGUAAAAAUGACAAAUUUCAAGACAACAUUAAAUAUAAAUGUCGGCCUGUAAAACCUGUUAAUACGCAGGCUAGCAUUAAUGAAUAUAGCCAAACACAGAAGAGCCCCCAAGCAAAAUCACAAGCAGUUAACGAGUACAUCUUGCUUGGAAACAACUCAAAGUUUGCUAAUAAUGUUGUAUACAUGCCAAAGUCUUUCCCAGAAGUCGUGAUUGUAGAUGACAAAAACAAAGAAAAUGUUUCGAAUGAUGACGAUGACACUGCAAGUCAAAAAAAGAAAACCCAUGAAGAAAUGUGCUCGACAUCAUCUCCUGUAGAUGAUGAGUAUGUUCUUUUAGGUAACAAUGCUAAGUUCUCAGAUAAUAUUGUCUACAAGCCUAAAAUGUGGCGCGAGUUCAUCCCGGGCCAUGACAAAGGAAAAGAGAACGUGCCUGCAGAAGACACAAAAGAUUUUCCAGUUCAAGCUAAAAAACUUGAGCCAGCACCAGUUAUUGAUACUUCAAAAUUCCGUGAACCACCCCAGAAAUGGAAGAAGGCAGUUGAAAAAGCUGAUGAGUCAGAAAUCAUUAUCAAAAAGAAAAAAAAAUCUUCUGCAAUCCAAGAAGGAUCCAAAGAGGAACUGAGACUUCCUCUUGAUGAUCUGCCUUCUUGGAGUGAAGCAACUGAUGAAAAAAUUGCACAUGAGAAAGAAAGCAAAAAUGUUUUUAAAGAAGCAAAACAAGGAACCCCUUGCAGUGAAGAUGUAUCUGCAGGAAAAAGUGUUAAAUUUCAAUCUCCACCUCCAGCCCCUCGUCCAUCAAAAACAUCCAACAUUCAACAAAACAAUGAUCAGAAGUUACUUGCUUUACUCCAUAAAGCUGGAAUCCAACUACCUCCUCGUCCAACUGUGGAUCAAUCUGAAUAUCAGAAGAAUUUUACUUGGAAAAAACCUUUGCCAAAUUCUGGUACUGCUGCUGAAAAUAGGAAAUUAUUUCAAUCCGUUACAGUAUUUCAUACUGAUGCCUCAUACCAAGAUCCCAUUCCAAAAAUCACUGAAUAUCAGAGAAAUUUCAAACCCUGGAUACCUUUACCCACAAAACCAGCAUCACCAUCCGCAGCUGAUGAAAAGACAGUUGAACCUUCUGUACAUAAUGUGCAGAAGGAAGCCAAGCAUCAAGUAAGCAAACUGUCUAAACAUGAGCAAAUCUCAAAUGCAGAGCCGUCCAGUUGUUUUUCGCCUCAAGUGUGCAGUACAGACGAAGGCAAGGAGUCAAAAGAAGAUGGACCAGACAUUGGCAUGGUAGCUUCAGAAAUAUGUUCUGAUAAAAAGGCAGACAAUAGUAAGCAGGAAAAUAAUGUAAAAAGCACAAAAAGUUUUGAAUCUUUCAGUAAUCCACCAGAAAAGACCAGACCUCUAAAACAUCGAGAAAGUCAGUGCCACAACUCUGAGUAUCGAGCAAAUUUCAAGCCUCCGUCCAAGUAUGAUUACAUGAUAAAUGCAUGGGAUUCAGCGAGUUCUUUAAAUGAGAAUAUGUUACCUCUUGAAAGCGACAACUCAGGCAAAGGUGACUGGUACUCUGAGGUUUUAGACCUGCGUCGCAAGGCUGCUGAAUAUCGUCGUCGUGCACAAAACACACAUUUCUGUGCUGAUCACAUGGCUCAGCUGCUAUCAGAUGAGACUCAGCUCUGGGAACAUGCCAGCUCUGAUACACCAACUCCAACAGAAAAUUACUUAAAAUACAUAAGACCUGCUGGCAUCACUUACAAUAAAUAUUACCUGCAACCGCCUCUGACUGCUCAGUUGCUUAAUGAUACAGAGCCUGAACCUCAAAUGACACUGGAAGAUGUUGCCGAUGAUGCCGAUGUUGCCAGUGUCCAUUCUGAACCAGAAGCUGAUGCCAAAACUGAGGUUGUUCCAACAGAAUCUCUUCAGGAAAUUAAUGAUGAGGCAUCACUGCAAGCAGGUGAAGAUGCCAGAGAGUCUCUUAUGUCACCUGUAGGCCGUGUUCCCACGCCAGUACUCCAGGGAGAGAAUAUACAGCGUCAUCAUUUGGACAGAACAACCCCAACAAAAGGAGGCCUCCUCAUUUCAUCACCCAACACAAAGAAAAUAGAUUUGGAAAAUACUAGCGCUUUCAAUAAUGUCGAACCUGUUGAAGCAACUGAAUCGCAUCAUUAUUCUGCCUCUGAUGUUGAAAUGAAACCCAAACAUUGUGUAAAAACUUGUGUCCUCCCCUCAAAGAGCAAUAGCACACCCACAUUUGGUAAACCCAGCAAAGAUACUCACAUUCUGAGGGACCAGAAAAAUCUCUUGACUUUUACAAAUGCCCUUCCCAAAGAAUCUUUUGCGCAGACAUCACAACAAAUAUUGAAUAGAAACAUAAAUAAUGUGACAAUGAGAUCAGGUAAUAAACGGCCAAAAAAAUCUCAUCCAGCUGGAAUAAAUAUCAAUCAGCCAAUACCUGAAACAAUGACCUCAACAUAUACGGUGUCACCUGAGAGGACGUAUGCAGCCAAAUGCAAACCAAAAGAGAAAGAAGAUUUAAAUCAAGAUUUUCUCUCCCAAUCUUUGGAAUCUAACAGUUCUUUGGCAUCUGAAGUCUUAGAAAGAACACGCAAGAGGCUCAAUUUCUGGUGA